CCGCCGCGGAUGCAGAUGCGGAUGCGGAGACGGGCGGGGGCUCCGAGGGGAACCCAGACUUUCCUAUGGCCUCUCUGUACGUGGGCGACCUGCACCCUGAGGUGACAGAGGCAAUGCUGUACGAGAAGUUCAGCCCGGCGGGGCCGAUCUUCUCCAUCCGCAUUUGCAGGGACAAGAUCACCCGCCGCUCGUUGGGCUACGCGUAUGUCAACUUCCAGCAACCAGUGGACGCCAAGCGGGCCCUGGAGACCCUGAACUUUGAUGUCAUCAAGGGCAGGCCAGUGCGCAUCAUGUGGUCCCAGCGGGACCCCUCGCUCCGCAAGAGCGGGGUGGGCAACGUCUUCAUCAAGAACCUGGGCAAGACCAUUGACAACAAGGCGCUGUACAACAUCUUCUCGGCGUUCGGCAACAUCCUCUCCUGCAAAGUGGCCUGCGACGAAAAGGGGCCCAAGGGCUACGGGUUUGUGCACUUCCAGAAGCAGGAGUCCGCCGAGCGGGCCAUCGAUGCGAUGAACGGCAUGUUCCUGAACUACCGCAAAAUUUUCGUUGGGAGAUUCAAGUCGCAUAAAGAACGAGAGGCCGAAAGGGGAGCCUGGGCCAGGCAGUCCACCAGUGCUGACGUCAAGGAUUUCGAGGAAGACACCGACGAAGAGGCCACCUUGCGAUGAAGACAUCCCAAGAGCGAGCCAGCCAGCAGAGCCAAACCUUGGCUCCCACCCGGUUUACAACUCCCCCCUCCCCAACUUUGCCCCCCUAACCCACCAGCAGUAUAUUGUAUUGGGAGUGCAGGUCUCUCUCUCUCUCUCUCUCUCUCUCUCUCCCUCUCCCUCUCUCCCUCUCUCUCUCUCUCUCCCUCUCUCUCUCUCUCUCUCUCUCUCUCUCUCUCUCUCUCUCUCUCUCUCUCGUCUCUUUCUCGUCUCUUUCUCUCCCCCUCCCCUCUCUGUCUCUCUGUCUCUCUCUCUCUCUCUCCUCUUCCCUCCUCCUUCCCUCUCUCCCCCUCUCUCCCCCUCUCUCCUUCCCCCCUGCCCUCCCCUCCUCCUUCACUCUCUCCAUCUCUCCCCUCCUCCCUCCGUCUCUAUCUCUCUCACUCUGGGUCUCUCUUUCUCCCACUCUCUCUUCUCCCCUCCCACCCCCCUCACAGCUCGCCUCCCUUCUCCUCCCCUCGCCCCACACCCGCCUUGGGCGUUGUGAAUACCCUUGCUAAUCUGUGCCACUUGAUAGGUAAAAGGCUGCUUCUUCUCCUUGUUUUUUGGUUUAAAAAGCACUUUCUUUCUCUCUUUGUUUACUGCACAGGUGAUACAAUUUCAUGGUAGAAACAUCAGGAAGGAGAAGGAAUUCAGAUGAGGGAAAACCAAGAGAGUAAUUGCUCCCCAUGAUCCUACUACCCAGAGACAACCACUUUUACCUUUUUGGUGUGCUGUUUUUCCAGGCGCUCUUCUCUCCUUCUCCCUCCCUUCCUCACCUCCACCCCACCCUCCCUUUUAACACACUGUUACAGAAUGGUUCAUGUAUGUGGUGUUUCUUAACCUGCUUUUUCAGAAACUAAAACCAAACAAAAAUCAACCCAUUGAACUUAUUUCCGUGUUAUUCAACAGGCUUCAGAAAUGUCAUCUUCAGUGCCUGCAGGAGUGUAUCAACGGACCCUAACAUUUCUGUAAUCAUUCCCGCAUUGUUGGACAUUCAGGUGGUGCCUAGUUCUUUCCCUGUGUUUAAACCCAGCACUGUGUAUACUCUGAUGAGUGAAUUCUUCCUUGUUAAGCCAAAUCUUCGCUAGCAUACCGGAUGAUCUUCUUAAUUGUGGACUUGCAGGAUCCACAUAUGGACAUUUUAAAGACUUUUCCUGUGUGUUGCCAAAUGGCCCCUUCAUAAGCAUUGUACCGGUUUGCAUUCAUGCCAGCCAGCUCAACUAGUAAAAAAAAAAAAAGUAUGCCCAUUUCCCCUGCAUAGUCUCCUGGUCACUGUAAUUGAUGUGUGUGUGCGUGCGUGCCCGCGGGUGUGUGUGUGUGUGUGUGUCUUGGCCAGCUUGAUGGGCUGCAGAUGGUUUCUCGCUGUCCUUGGGUGUUUUGCUGAACUUAAACACUCUUUAUCACCUCCUUCCCCUGUGCCCACUUUCUGCCCUUUUCGCCGUUGUCAGAAAAAAUAAUUCAGCUUCAUUGCAGGGAAAAAACAAAAUCACAAAGCCGACAAGUUAACAGAAGAAAAUUAAAUGUCACCAGUAAUCAAUCCUAAUGACCACCCUUACCUCCCUGAGUCAUUUUCAUCAGCACCUGCCCAGUAUUUUUCAUGUGAUAUACAUGUGAAUUUUAAUGUAUAUACUGUUUCAAUAUCUGCUUUUUCACACAUAAAUAUAUAAUAUAGAUAGAUAUAGAUGUAUAGAUAGAUAUUCUUUA